AUAGUAAAAGAAGAAUACCCAAAUACAGUAAAGUCAUCUUCUUCUUCCCUCCUUAAGUAGAGGAAAAAGAAAAUGGACACUUCUUCUUCCUACUGCUCUAGCAUGUGGGGCUUGUCCUGUGCUAUCCUUUCUUAUCCUGCACCCACUCUUAAAUCUUCAGUACCCAUGUUCACUGCUCGUCGUUCAAGCUCUCAACUCUCAGUCCCUCAAAUUACUCACCAUUAUCAUCAAAAGGACAGCCCUUUUGUUCCAGAGGUUAUUGAAGCAGUGGACUCCUUAUAUUCAGAGUUCAGAGCUGUGGAUGAUUUGGUUGCUUGCAACACCAGCCGUGUUCUUAAAGCUUUCAAAAAUGCUCGAGUUGGGUCCCAUCACUUUGCCGGAUGUACUGGCUAUGGUCAUGAUGAAGCUGGGGGACGUGAAGCACUUGACCAAGUAUUUGCUGAAAUCGUUGGGGCUGAAUCUGCGAUAGUUCGCUCUCAGUUUUUCUCAGGAACUCAUGCUAUAACUUGUGCAUUGUUUGCUAUUUUAAGGCCAGGGGAUGAGCUUUUGGCAGUUGCAGGUGCUCCUUAUGACACCUUAGAGGAAGUUAUUGGAAAAAGGGACUCUCAUAGGAUGGGGUCCUUGAAAGAUUUUGGAGUAACAUAUCGAGAAGUUCCUCUAGCUGAGGAUGGUGGACUUGACUGGGAUAAACUUGUCUGGGCUUUGAAACCUGAGACAAAAUGUGCACUCAUACAAAGAUCUCGUGGUUAUUCAUGGCGUCGGAGUUUAAGUGUGAGUGAGAUAGGUAGAGCAAUUAAGAUAAUCAAGAUGCAGAAUCCUAAUUGUUUGGUCAUGGUGGAUAAUUGUUAUGGUGAAUUUGUUGAAAGUAUUGAGCCUCCACUUGUGGGUGCAGAUUUAAUUGCUGGAAGUUUGAUUAAAAAUCCAGGUGGAACCAUAGCACCAUGUGGUGGAUAUGUUGCAGGGAAGGAGAUAUGGGUGAAAGCAGCAGCAGCUCGUUUGUCGGCACCAGGGCUUGGAGUAGAUUGUGGCUCAACUCCUGGUGAUAUUAUGCGGUCCUUUUUCCAGGGAUUAUUUCUUUCACCUCAAAUGGUUGGAGAGGCAAUCAAGGGAACCCUUCUUGUAGCUGAAGUAAUGGCAUCGAAAGGGUAUAAAGUAGAGCCUCUUCCCCGUGUUACUCGUCAUGAUACUGUACAGGCCGUACAACUCAGAAGCCGUGAACGUCUCCUUUCUUUUUGUGAGGCUGUACAAAGAAUCUCCCCAGUAGGUUCAUUUGCUAAGCCAGUGGCUGGUACAACUCCUGGAUAUGCCUCUGAGGUCAUUUUUGCUGAUGGAACUUUCAUUGAUGGAAGUACAAGUGAGCUUUCAUGUGACGGACCAUUAAGAGAACCCUAUGCUGUAUAUUGCCAGGGUGGCACCCAUUGGACUCAGUGGGGACUAGUCCUUGAAGAGGUUUUAAAAUCCAUAUGAAAGAAGGCUGAUAUUUCACAAUGAGGAUGAUGAUGAUGCUACGAUUUUUGUCGAGGCUCAUUCUUAAUUUUACAGUUCACACGGUGAUGAUAACAAUGUGUACCCCUGGCAUAACAGACCUCAACUAUCUACUCAAUUCUCAAUACAGCCUGAGACAGUUUGUGAGUUUGCUGUUCAGAGGGGAGUUGAAGCUUGUAAAAUAACAUAUUCAAGCCAACUUACAGUGAAGACCAAGACAUUCAUGUAUUCAUUUGUGGGUUCGUGAGACUUUUUGUAUUAAAUAGAACAAUGUGGAUUGAUUUCGACAAUACAAAUCUUGUAAUCAUUUUUUUAAGGAAUACGACUGCAACACACUCUCUA